UGGAUUCGACUUCGCUCUCCAAAUCAUUAUCAUUGUGGCCGACACUCCAUCCAGUCACUUGUUGCAGAAAAUAGCAGCUCAAAUAAAACUAACCACCUACACGUUCAUCAUACUUUUGGAUUUUCAUUGAUACCCUUCUGGAAUUUUGACCAAAUUUGCAGGAUUUCGUAACGAAAAUGCGUCAACUCAUACAGAAAGUCCUGAUUACGGAUCCCAUUGAUGCGCAAUUCGUGCAGGCAUUAAAAACUCUGGGUCUGGAUGUGGUGCAGAAGACUUUGACGGAGGAACAGCUGCUGAAAGAAAUUCCCGAUUAUGAGAUGUUGAUUGUGCGAUCCGGGACACAGGUUACUCGUAAGGUGAUCAAUGCCGGACAACGUCUGAAGCUCAUUGGCCGUGCUGGAACAGGAGUCGAUAAUAUUGAUGUGCCAGCGGCGACGGAGCAGGGAAUUCUGGUUAUGAACACUCCAGGUUCAAAUACCAUUUCCGCAUGUGAGCAUACAUGUGCACUGAUUUUGGCCCUGUCUCGCCAUAUUCCUCCGGCCUAUGCUUCGCUGAAGGAAGGUCGUUGGGACCGGAAGCUGUAUAUGGGACACGAAGUCAUGGGCAAAACACUGGCCAUUUUCGGACUGGGACGAAUCGGACGCGAAUUGGCAAUACGGAUGCGCGCUUUCGGUAUGCGCUGUGUUGGUUUUGAUCCAUAUAUUCCGGCGGAAGCCGUGGCGGAAUUUGGGAUUGAAUUUAUGGAGCCGGAAAGAAUUUGGCCUAUAGCGGAUUUUAUCUCCAUACACGUCCCAUUGCUGGCCGAAACAGAGAAUCUGAUCAACUUAGAGGUGUUGCAUCGGUGCAAGAAGGGCGUAAAAAUCAUCAACGUUGCCCGGGGUGGAAUCGUCAGUGAAGCUGAUUUGUUGACUGGUCUCAACGAUGGCCAGGUCGGUGGUGCCGCACUGGAUGUGUUCAGCAGUGAGCCGCCCAGCCCGUCAGUACUGACUCUCAUUAAGCAUCCGCGCGUCCUGGCUACUCCGCAUCUUGGUGCCAGUACCGUGGAAGCGCAGGAGCGCGUCGCCGAAGAUUUAGCUCAACAAAUUACUAUCUUGUUGGAAACAGGACGAGCUCCAGGAUUGGUUAACCGUGUUUGAUUGACAUACGAAAAACGGAAUCAGUUUUCAUCGCUUGAUUUGUUCGCUGAAAUUAUGCCAACGAAAAUGACCUUUUUUGCUUGUUUUUUUAUUUGUUUGCGUUGGACGUUUUGUUCCGUUUAUAUGCGCUUUGUUUUUAUCCAUAACCAUUUCUCUUUUCAAAACCGCCGAGUUAAUUGUGAGCAAGGUGUGCUCAAUUUUAUGGUGUUGUUGUCGUGAUUUGUCUCAGAAUGCCUGUAUUUUCGUUUCGUAAUUUUUUUUAUUUGCUCGUACUCUGUAUUACAGCUCAUCAUGAGUCAUGUGGAUGAACACUUUGCACUU